CGGAACCAGGCUCACAGCAUAAGCCAGCCACAAGUCGCGAAGAGUGGUGGACGAGAAGCGCUACCCACCCAAAUGGACUGGACGCGAAGAAAGGGGAAAUAUGCUCGCUGGCUGGCGGUAGGUAUGCAAGUUUGAUAGCUUUUCUAUGCGUCGCGUGCCGGCCAGCAGCACAUCGAGUGGCAGGAGGGCGCCCCCUCCCCCAUAUCGCGCCCUCUUAUUAUUCCCCAUCGUCAAAUUACCCAGCAAACGGGACACGAGGCUUGAGGCUAGAAAGUGGCCAAACCUCUCAACCCCACUUGCUUUAACUUCAAUUACACAAGGUCGCCAUGUGGAAAGCGAGUGCUUCCAAACAUGUCACUCACGCCAGGACAGGGAGGGUAGAUGGUGUACAGAGUCCCAAAAAAAAAAAAAAAAAAAAAAAAAAAAAGAGGCCGGUUUACGUACCUAGGAACCCCGAUCCCUACACGGUUCAAUCUGCCAUUCCGAACCAAGCCAGUUCCCCAAGCCAACAACCUGUCAGGAGGAAAACACAACCUAUAGAAUGCUCGACAUUCAACACAUCUGACCCCCUCCCCCUUGUGGUUUUUAAUUCUUCAUCUUCCCACACACACACCCUCCUCAUUCUUCUCUCUGCCUUGCUCCCUAUUGUCUUGCUUACGCCGCCGCCGCCGCUGCCGUACCCUCUGCUGUCUCUCAUCUCUUUCCUCCGUCCUCCACUAGGCCGCCCUCGCAUUCCUCGUGCUCUCUGCGCGUGUUGUCUCUCUUGCUCCUGCGUCGUCCGAGUUCGGCCAAAGUCAUCCUAUCCCCUUUGCUACCGAAACGUGCGCGCACGAGAUUCUGUGCCGGUCUCGCCCGUGAGGUACAUAUUGUCUGGGACCCUGCGGGCUAGCGACGCACCUCCCUUCGUCCUGACCCCUUCUCACACACUCACCUCGCACCUCGGGCAACCGCCACCAUUACUACCGCCGCCAACAAUCCCAAGGCAGGCUGCAACGCUGGGCCGGCGCCUUGAACAUUCAACAGGCGACAGCACUCACUGGACCCUGGUCCGGAAAGCUCUCGGCCCACACACAUCAACUGCUACGGCUCCCGACGCUGGACUGGCCUCAACUGACUCGACUCGCUUGAACUUGGAGGGAGCGUGUUCUAGGGUGUAUAACACAUACAUAGCCCGGUUCCAAGACCGCCAUCGUCCAAGGCCACACGCCGGAAUCCGCUUUUCUCUUCUCAUCGGCACACUGCACUACGGGCCGUCGCUCACGUCAGGGAAAAGAACCCACCGCCGCCGUGUUGUCAGUGGAGGAUCGACCACCCCUGUUUCUUCAGCAAACAACCUUGACUGCCAUCCAAAAUUGUCUCGGCGAUCAUACUCGCUUCGCCAGCUCGACAUCAGGCUACCCUUCAUCCGCAGACGCUUCUCUUGCUCGCGAAGCAUUUUCUUACUCAUUUUCUCGGUCUCGACCAGACCACUCAGUAACGCUUAAACACCGCCUCACGAUUUACCGUGGAGUGUCUUUGAUCGACAUGUUAUACAACAUGGGCUACCCUCGUGAUCAGUCCGCGGUGCCGGCCGCGCAACCCGUCAAGCCCAUGGUCGCCGCCGCUCGGCCGAGGCAACGAUGCUCACAGCCGAUGCCCUUCGAC